AUGGUCACCUUCGGCCGCCACGUGAAUCAGAUGGCUGCUGCCUUCUGGCACCAGUUUCCAGUCGAGCAGAGACGGGCCGCUGUCGCAAAUAUUAUCCAUGAUUUGGCCGCCGCAAACAGCAUUCUCGUUGGAGUCCGGCAACCAGUCACGGCGUGCUCCACAUCGUACGAUGACGGCAUGAUGGCGCCGCCAUGGGAACAGUAUCGCUGA